AUGUCCUCUAUCGUGUUAAGUAUCGUCAAUCUUGCAACAAACGCUCUUUUCAACAAUGUUUGCGACCGCAUAGCAAAUAGAUUGAAGCAUGGAGAUUGUACGGAUGAGAAAUGUCGGCAGUUGAUAAGUCGAGAACUCGAUGAAAUCAAAACAAAACUCAAUGGCUUAGCUCGUAAAGAUCUUCUAAGCAGCGUUUGCUUUCUUAAAGACGGUUUGUGCAUUCUAAACCACACUUUUGAAGACACAGCAAACGAAAGUGAAGCUUACGAAGUCGAAAAUAAACUGGAAUACGUCGAGGAAUGCCUGAAACUCGACGGCCAUGAAGAUUUACAUUGGAAACAAUCCAACGAAGAAUUGCAUUCCCAAAUUGCAAUAUUCAACAAGGCCUUAAAUCGUUCUUCACAGACGUUGGAUGUUACGUCCAAAGAGCGUUUUAUCUCGGCGAAGUUAUCGUUUGAAAACGCCUACCUGAAAGCGACAGAUGCUUUCAACAACGAAGCGCUAAGUACCACCGAACGGAUUCUGGCAACAAAAUUACGAGUGGUUUCCAAAAUUUUGCAGUGUUUAGAAGAUCCAGAUAUGGCGAUAGCUUUUUGUAAGCUGUUUUUACAGCAGUUACACGAACUACCCGCGGUGAAGAAACGGUAUGUAUAGGGUAAACUUCCGGAAACACGAUCAUGUUUUCUUUGACAAGUUUGCUUAAAUUUAAAUUUCUCCGCGUGUGUACUCUCAACAAGUUUUCCUUCACAAGUUUCUCUUCACAAGUUUACCUUGCCCAUGUGUACAGUCUGCCAGUUUUCCUUGUUUGCCAAAACCGUAGAAGUAUUUCUUGUACAUUUGUCUAGUUUUCCUUGGGCUUGGCGAUCGUACACACCAACAAAUUUUCCUUGUCCAAUAGCUGGCAUGACUGGUUUUGGAAAAAGGCAAGGAAAAAUUGUCAAUUUUUUGCCGUACACACGCGAAUAAUAAAACUUGUCACUGAGGAAAAAUUGCCUCUCUGUGCGGUGCUUAAGUGUAUUUGCAUGUAAACUUUAUUUAAGGAUGCUGGUGACUGGUGUCAUCAAUGUUGGUUUUUGUGAGGGAGAUACGUAGCGAAUAAAAUGCGCUUAUAACAAAAUCACUACAUCUUAAACCGUUGUCUAGAACGAAUAAGAGUUGCCUGGCAAGCCAUGAGAGUUUUUUUUAAUGAAAGAGCUAACACAUUACAAAAGAAGUGAACGAUGGCCCUUUUUAUCGGAAGCCCUUUUUUAACGGGCAUGCCACUUUUAAUGAAAGAACGACAGCCCUUUUUAACGAAAGCUUUUUAACGUUUUUUAAAAAGGGCUAACACUGAUUACAAAUGAAAUGAACGAAAGAUGCAAAAUAAACAAUUAAAUUACUAUUUCUAUAGCCCUUAUCUAAACCGCAUAUUUUUAGUAUGAUCCAAUAAUCGUGCGUUAUUAAUCGAUUCAGGCAUAAUGUUGUAUAAGAAAAUUACCGUGCAAGUAUUGCGAUCUAUAGGAAAUCUUUUAAUUGUGAUAAAAAAAAUUUCAGGAAUUCCCUUCUCGGUUUUGGGAGAGCUAAAUCAGUAAUAUUGCAACUAUUCCUAGGUUUACCGUCUUCUUUCGAGGCCAAAUGAAAUCCCAUCUUAGCAAGAAGAAGCGAGUCGACAAUAUUCGUUGUGUGACGGAGUUGAAUUACGCCCUGUACGAGUACGCGAAAUCAUUUGCGAAGACCGGUCUUGAAAUUUUGGCAUCUUGGCCCAAAAUAAAGCUACGUGAGAAAGCGAUUAAUCCGUUGUUGGUCUCGAAUAAAGUCCUGAAGAAGAUGGCAAAGUCUGGAUUACGUUCUCCCAACCAGUUUCUAUUCAAAGAAAUCAACAACUUCAAAUGCGUUGCAGUGAAUAGCAGAGGGGAAAUAAUUACGAAUAGCAAAAGCGGUGACAGUUUGGAAGUGUUUUCAAGCGACGGAGGCAUCGUAGGGUCAUUCUGUUUUGAUUCAGAGGACACCCAAAAGAACCAUUUCGAAAUACUGGCAUUGGCUGUUGGUUCAGAUGAUUCUUUGCAUGCCGUAACCCGUUACAAAACAGAGGACUCGUUUUACUACAAAUUGUACGUAUUCGAUGCUAACCUUGACCGUGUUCAGCAACAAGUUUACCUGGAGUGCUUAACAGGUCCGGGCGAGAGUCAUCACAGCGUGUGCAUCGCUGUGGACGCAAACAAGAAUAUCUUCAUCACAAAACAAGACGAUGCCAAAGUCUUCAUUUUCGACCGCAAUGGUAAUGCGAAAAACAGUUUCACACUACAAAGCUGGAAUUUGAUCAAGGACUUGAAAAUUUCUACAACAGGGGAUGUCAUUGCUGUCGAGCUUGUGGGGAAAACCGUUGGAAUUUAUACCGAAGACGGUGCACUAAAAGAAGAGAUCACUUUGCCUAGCUUGCAUAAAGUAUGUGGGCUGGCAUUUGAUCAUAUUGACAAUAAAAUCAUUGUCCUUGCAGAGGUUCUUACUGGUUGUUUCCACGAGUAUCGUUUAUUGAGUUACUCUGAGUGCGGAGAGUUGGUGAAAACGUUGGUUUUACCUCGACAGAAGGGAUCCACCGGAUAUCGUAUUACGUCACAUCCGAAUGGUCCACUGGCUGUUGUACAUGGAACUGGAGCUAUAUUUCUUCGCUAUUAA